GGAGUAUAAAUCUGAGGUGCUGCAUGUCAACAGACACUCACAGCAAGACACACACAGACGGACAGGAUGGAAGUGAAGCUGCUGUGGCUCACUGUAGUUCUUCUCUCUUCACCCCUGCUGACACUGUGUGACCCACUAUAUGCUCUCUCAGCUCCUAAUUUGCUGAGGGUGGGUUCCUCGGAAAAUGUGUUUGUGGAGGCUCAGGACUACACCGGAGGACCCCUGAAUGUGAAGAUCACAGUGAAGAACCACCCACACAAAAUCAUAGAGAUGAUGUCAAAACAAGUGACCCUGACUGCAGAAAACAAUUACCAGAUCCUUACAGAUAUAAAGAUUCCUGAUGAUAAAAACUAUUUCACUGAUGAUCCUCUGGAGAAGCAGUACGUGUAUCUACAAGCUGAAUUUCCAGGCAACCUUCUAGAGAAAGUGGUCAUGGUCUCAUUCCAGUCUGGAUUUAUAUUUGUACAAACCGACAAGCCCAUCUACACACCUGCUAGCACAGUUAAAUACAGGAUAUUCUCUCUGACUCCCAAUCUGACACCUCUCAGUCAGUCUGGAAUCUCUGUGGAAAUCAUGACUCCACAAAACAUCACCCUUGUGCAAGUGAAGAUAUUGCCAGUUAAUGGGAUGAAGUCUGGAACAUACACCAUACCUGAGGUUGCCAGCCCUGGGAUCUGGAAGGUGAUCACACGAUGCAUAAACACUCCACAGAAGAUGUUUACUGCCGAAUUUGAGGUCAAAGAAUAUGUGCUACCAACAUUUGAAGUCACAUUAACACCCAGUGAGUCAUUCUUCUAUGUGCGUGCUAAGAGUCUGACAGUCGACAUUACUGCAAAUUACCUGUUUGGACAGAAGGUAGAAGGAUAUGGAUUUGUGGUGUUUGGCGUGAUGAAAGAUGACAGUAAAACAAGGAUUGCUGCCUCUCUGCAAAGGGUUCGGAUCAAUAAAGGAAAGAGCUCUGCAGAGCUGACCAGCGAUAUGAUACUUAAGACCUUUCCAAACAUUGAACAGCUGGUUGGACACUCAAUCUAUGUUUCAGUCAGUGUUUUAACAGAAAGUGGCAGUGAAAUGGUAGAAGCUCACAGGAGAGGUAUUCAGAUUGUGACAUCACCGUACACCAUUCACUUCAAAAGAACACCGCAAUUCUUUAAACCUGGAAUGCCCUUUGAUUUCUCGGUUUAUGUGACAAAUCCCGACCAGACACCUGCUAAAAAUGUGGAAGUGGAGGUCAACCCUGGAGGGGUCAACGGUCGAACCAAAGCCAAUGGCAUUGCGAAGGUUACCAUCAAUUCUCAGGGAGGAUCUUCUACACUGGAGAUCACUGUGAAGACCAAAGAUCCAAUGUUAAGUAAAGAACAGCAGGCGGUGAAUAAGAUGACAGCUCAAGCCUACAUACCCAAAGGUGACUCCAAAAACUACCUGCACAUUGGCAUUGAUGCUGCAGAGCUUGAGAUUGGUGAUCAAAUGAGAGUCAACUUGUACACGGGAAACAGUCCAGGAGCCAAAAAUCAAGAUUAUACAUACAUGAUCUUAAGUAGAGGGCAGAUUGUGCAAGCCGACAGGUUUAAGAGGAAAGAACAAGCUCUAGUGACUUUGUCUCUACCUGUGACCAAAAACAUGCUGCCUUCCUUCCGCUUUGUGGCUUAUUACCAUGUGGGCUCUGAGGUGGUGUCUGACUCAGUCUGGGUUGAUGUGAAGGACACGUGCAUGGGAACGCUCAAACUUGAGGUGAAGGACAAGGCAAUGUAUUAUAAACCAGGAAAAGAGUUCAGCUUGCAAAUAACUGGAGACCCUGGAGCUAAAGUUGGACUGGUGGUGGUUGACAAGGCUGUGCAGGUCCUUAACAAGAACAGACUCACUCAGACUAAGAUCUGGGACAUCAUAGAGAAACAUGACACUGGCUGUACAGCAGGUAGUGGAAAGGACAGUAUGGGGGUUUUUUAUGAUGCAGGUCUGAUGUUUGAGUCCAACAGUGCAGGAGGCACCAACACCAGAACAGAACUUGACUGUCCCGCCCCUCCAAAGAGACGACGGAGAGCUGAGAGUCUUUGGCAUGUCACCACUACACUGGGUGAAGAUGAUGAUGACUACUAUAUAGAGUCUGAUAAGAUCUUAUCACGGACAAAGUUCCCUGAGGCUUGGCUUUGGGAGGAGAUAGAUCUACCAGCUUGCAAAUAUAAGAACUGUCAAACAACAUCAUUUACAAGAAAUGGAAUCUACCUGAAUGAAUCGAUCACUACCUGGCAAAUCUUAGCCAUCAGCCUGUCACAAACAAACAGUAUCUGUGUGGCAGAACCGGAGGAGAUGAUCACUUACAAGAACUUUUUCAUUGAUCUGAAGAUGCCUUAUUCAGCUGUGCGCAACGAACAAGUAGAAAUCAGAGCCAUUAUUCACAACUACAACAAAGGGAAGACGAAGGUGCGUGUGGAGUUUAUGGAGACAGAAAAUGUUUGCAGCGCUGCCAGUAAGAAGAAGAAAUACAGCACAGUGGUAGAAGUCCAGGGCCAAUCCACCAGAGCGGUUUCAUUUGUGAUUAUUCCCAUGACGGUGGGCAAUCAUGUGAUUGAACUGAAAGCUGCAUCGUAUGACUCUGUCAGCACUGAUGGAGUGAAGAAGACCUUGAAGGUGGUGUCGGAGGGUGUGCUAGUUCCAUUACAGGUCAAAAAGGUGGAGCUCAAUCCUGCUAAGUACGGAAAAGAUGGAGAGCAACAUAUAUCUGUAAGAACAGACAUACCAGAGGAUUGGGUCCCAGAUACGCCUGCUAGCACGCACAUCACAGUGACUGGUGAAGAAAUCACACAGACAGUUGAGCAGGCCAUCAGUGGAGAUUUCAUGGGUCGGUUUAUCAUCCAGCCCAGAGGCUCUGGAGAGCAGAACAUGAUCUAUAUGACACUACCUCUCAUUGCCACUCAUUACCUGGACAGCACCAAUCAGUGGGAUGCUGUUGGCAUGCACCGCCGUGAUGAAGCCAUUAAACACAUCAACACAGGUUAUCUAGGGGAGCUGGCCUACCGUAAACCAGAUGGCUCAUACGCUACCUUUAUACACAGACCAAGCAGCACGUGGCUAACAGCAUAUGUGGCAAAAGUGUUUGCUAUGGCUAAUAACCUCAUUACUAUAAAUGAGAAUGUGAUCUGCAGCACUCUCCAGUGGCUGGUUCUCAAUAAACAACUGCCAGAUGGCUCCUUUAAAGAAGAAGCACCUGUAGUUCAUGGAGAGAUGGUCGGUGAUGUACGGGGUAAUGAUGCUGAUGCAUCUCUCACUGCAUUUGUCCUGAUUGCCAUGCAAGAGGGCGUCAAGAUUUGUGCCCAAUCAGAUGGUAGUCUUCAUGACAGUAUGAGGAAGGCAGUCGACUAUUUGGAAGCCAGACUUCCAAAAAUGACCAAUCCUUAUGCUGUUGCGAUGACGUCCUACGCCAUGGCCAAUGCGGACAAACUCAAUAAAGACCUGCUGAUGAAGCAUUCCACCAAAAUGGAAGAAGGAACUGCUUGGAACACCAAUCAAAAACAUCACUCUCUAGAAGCUACAGCCUAUGCAGUGCUCGCACUCGUAAGGGCAAGAGAUUAUGACAAAGCUGGAGAGGCCGUGCACUGGCUGGCCAGACAACAGGCUCAGUAUGGUGCAAGUGGAACCACACAGGCAACCAUCAUGGUGUUCCAGGCAGUGGCUGAAUACCGCACACAGGUGAAGAACCAACAGAAUUUUGAUCUGGACGUUGAGCUGUCUGUUGCAGGAAGAAGCAAACCAGUCAAAUGGAGUUUCAGAAAGGAUACUAUGCAUGUCACAAGAUCAGACAAGGUCCAGAUGAAAAAUAUCUUCAAUGUAACUGCUAAAGGAACUGGAACAGCCACUCUAUCCGUGUUUACCCUGUACUAUGCCAAGCCUGUUGUGAAGGAGGCUGACUGUAAACAUUUCGAUCUAAGUGUCGCAAUGAAUCCAGAACACAAUGCAAAAUACCAAGGAGCCAUUGAAAGUUACAAACUUACUGUUAAAGUCCUCUACAAAAGCCAGACAAAUGAUGCCACCAUGACAAUUAUGGAUAUCAGCUUACUGACCGGGUAUAAAGUGGAUGAAGGAGAUCUUGCAGAGUUAGCCACAGGGAAGGAUCGUACUAUUCAGAAAUUUGAGAUGGACAAAGAGCUCUCGGAGCGAGGAUCCCUCAUCAUCUACUUAGAUAAGGUUUCUCAUAAAGAGCAUGAAAGGAUUUCCUUCAGAAUACACAAGAUGAAUAAUGUGGGUUUACUUCAACCUGCUGCAGUGACUGUGUAUGAAUAUUACUCUCCAGAUGCACGCUGUACAAAGUUCUACCACCCUGAAAAGAAAGAUGGCGCUCUAAACCGACUGUGCUUAAACAAGGAAAUAUGUCAGUGCGCAGAAGAAAACUGCAGUUACCAGAAAAAAAACAAUGUCGACGAAGAUUUGCGUUCGGAUAAAGCCUGUGAAGCUGGCAUGGAUUAUGUUUAUAAAGUCAAAGUGGUGAAAAUGGAUCUGUCACAACACUCAGACUUUUAUAAAAUGAAGGUGGAGAAAGUCCUGAAAGAAGGCUCUGAUGAAGAAGUGGAAGGACAGGAAAGAGCCUUUCUGGGUCAUCCAAAAUGCAGAGAAUCUUUGUUAUUACAAGAAGGAAAGUCGUACCUCAUAAUGGGCAAAUCCAUUGAUCUGCCUAAGCUAGGAGGAAGAAUACAGUACAUCUUGGAUGAGCAGACCUGGAUUGAAUACUGGCCAACAAGAGAGGAAAGUCAUACUGCACAGUACAGGGAAUCGUACAUCGGCAUCACUACUCUCGAGAAUAAGCUACAAACAGAAGGAUGCUCUACAUAAAUAUAUAACAAAUGAUUAUAUUACAGAAGAUCAAACAUAUUCUCUCUUGCAUACUAUUCUUCAGUUGACCCUAAAUAAAGCUUUUUUUUUUUUUUUAAAUAAUAAUAAUAAUAAUAAUGUUUUGGACAAGAUACUUUAUUAUAAUUUCAUA